AUGGAAGCCGCAAAUCUACAAAUAUAUUGGCAUGAAUCUCAACCGGUAUAUAGUCUCUGUUUUGAACCACCUAGUCUAUAUUCAUCAUCAUCAUCAUCAUCAUCAUCAUCAGCUACUAAUGCAAUUGACCAAAAAAAAUUAGGGAUGAGAUUGAUUACUGCUGGUGGAGAUAACAAAAUUAGAUCAUGGAGUUUAAAUAUGUCAGAUUCAGAUUUAAAUUUUGAUUCAGAACCGAAAACACAAGUGCAAAAGAUUAAUUCAAUAGAUUUUCUAUCCUCGUUGACUCAACAUGAACAAGCUAUUAACGUGGUAAAAUUUAAUCCCCUAGGUAAUAUAUUAGCAUCUGCUGGUGAUGAUGGCCAAGUAUUAUUAUGGAAAAGACAUAUUAAUGAUGAUGUUGAUGUUAAUGAUGAUGACAACAACAAGGAUGGUACCGAACGAACCCAUAUUAAAAAACCAUUUGGAAUGUCAAACGAUAAUGAUGAUGAUGAUAACCUCGAGGGAGUAAAAGAUGACAAUAAUAAUUCAUGGUUCAUAUGGAAGAGAUUACGUCCAAAUGGUUCAAAUACAUCAGAAAUUUACGAUUUAGAUUGGUCUCCAUGUGGGAAUUACAUCGUUAUUGGGUCCAUGGAUAAUUGUAUUAGAAUUUUCCAAAUUACCAAAAACAAAAAUGAUGAAAGCUCUUUUUUAAAUAAUCAAAUAUUUUCAUUCAAUGAUCAUAAUCAUUAUGUACAAGGUGUAGUUUGGGAUCCAAUGAAUCAAUACAUUUUAUCUCAAUCUGCUGAUAGAUCUGUCAAUAUUUAUCAAUUGAUUUGGAAUCAUGAAAGUCAAUUGAUCAGUAUCAAGUUUAAAAACAAGAUUAUCAAAGGUGAUCUACCACAAUCUAUUGCAACCACUACAACAGGUACAAGGCAAAAUACAUUGGAUUAUAAUAAUUUGAAAACUUCUUAUCUAUUCCAUAAUGAAUCAUUACCUUCAUUUUUUAGAAGAUUGACUAUUUCACCAUGUGGUUCCUUGUUUUGUAUACCAACAGGUAUCUUCAAGCAACCAAUAGUCUCUAAAGAUGAUAGCACGUCUAGUAACAAUUCAAACUCUGAUCCAAACAAUUGUGUCUAUUUUUAUACAAGAGCUUCCAUAAUAUCAAAUUCGAAUAGACCAAUAUUCACCAUACCGUCUUUAAAGAAACCUGCUUUAGUAAUAGCAUUUAAUCCAAAUUUUUAUCCAUUAUCAUCAUCAAAAGAUGACGAGAAUCAUCAUUCCCAUCCAUAUAUUAAACUACCGUAUAAAUUAAUUUAUGCAAUUGCCACAUCAAAUGAAAUAUUAAUUUAUGAUACAGAAUCCAUUGAACCAAUAUCAAUAAUUGGUAAUUUACAUUAUACAGCAUUGACAGAUUUAUCAUGGUCAUCAGACGGGACAAUGUUAAUGAUAUCUUCAACAGACGGAUUUUGUUCAUACAUUUCCAUUGAUGCUGAGAAAUAUUUUGGGAACCCAUUUUCAAAUGAUGAAAAGUUUAAGAUUAUUAAUUUGAAUAGAUUAAAGUAUGAGAAGACUCAAACGAAUUCAACUACGACUAAUAAUAACAAUGAUAAUAGUACGGGACCAUCGAUUAUGGCGUCUACUAAAAAUACGGUGACACCGUCAAAUAAAAUGGAUAUAAUUAAUAUUCUACCUGUUAAGAGGAAAAACAAAUCAAAUGAUAACAGUAGUACAAUAGAGAAGAAGGAAGAUAAGAGCGGCAUAAUAAUAGAGUCAUUGCCAUUAGAUAAAAAAAUGAAACCAGAUGAGAAUUAG